AUGGAGGACGACACGCGGAGCAACAGUGGUCAGACACUGCGGCCUUUUUCCCAACCUACCAUAAACUCGAGGUUCCCUUCGUUACGACGCCUCAACUCGACCGAACCCUAUCGACAUCGUUCGUUACCUGCCGAACCUUCACCUGGCUCCGACCGCGCCAGCAGUGAGAUUACCUUCGCUGUCCUUUAUGAUGAUGGCCCUGACUAUCAUGUCGGCCACUAUGAUGAGGAGGGAUCGAUGCGGUCGGCUCAAAACACACGCGACUCCAUGAACUCCUUUGCUCCAUCUUUCCGUACACGCGACUCCAGAAUUGUUAGUGACGACCACUACCUUGACCGAAACCCAGACUUUGUGGCCAACCAGAGACUACUGGCAGAAGGCUACCUUAACAAUAAUGACUCCUUAUACGACCAAUCUGUGCCUCGAUAUCCCACACAAUCAGAAGAGACCUUGGCAAUGAAUGCUCUACAUAAUACAUAUGGUCGGGAUGAAAAGGGACCACUUUCACAACAAAUGACUCCGCCUAUGGACCGUGCUCAGAGCAAACAUUCACAUGAAUCUUGGUGCACAUGUGACGAGGAUCAUGGCCAUGGUAUGGCCGACAGGAAAGAUCCUUCCAAGUUCGAUCUGGAAGCUCAGAAUGGUCCUCCAACUCCUACAGCCUUCCUGCCCAAGGAAAAGGGCGGCAAAGGGCCUGGAGGUCCGGGAGGACCAGGAGGACCACCAGGCUCAAUGCCCAAAGGCCCCUACGAUGUCACAUUCAACGGUCCCGACGAUCCUCUCGACCCCAAGAACUGGGCUCCCAAACAGAAGUGGGCCGUCGUUGCACUCACCGCGUCAUUCACAUUCCUCUCCCCCUUGGCUUCAUCCAUGGUGGCUCCAGCUCUUCCUCAGAUCGCUAAGGACUUUCACAUCACCAACAGCAUUGAACAACAAAUCGUCCUGUCCAUCUUCGUGUUGGCCUAUGCGAUUGGUCCCAUGAUCCUCGGUCCUCUAUCCGAACUCUAUGGACGUGUCAUUGUCCUCCAAUCCUCCAAUGUCGUCUUCCUCGCCUUCAACACAGCAUGUGGGUUUGCUACGUCCAAGCAAGAACUCAUGGCUUUCCGUUUCUUAUCCGGUCUCGGUGGUUCCGCUCCACUCGCAAUUGGUGGUGGUGUGCUAGGUGAUCUCUUCAAGCCUGAAGAGCGUGGCAAGGCAAUGGGUCUAUACGCAUUGGGUCCUUUGCUUGGCCCUGCCGUUGGUCCCAUAGUUGGGGCCUGGGUCGCUGAGAAAUCGACCUGGAGAUGGAUGUUCUGGGCUACCUCAAUAGUCAACCUGUUCAUCCUCUUCGGUGGUGUCUGGAAACUCCGAGAGACCUAUGCACCUUAUAUCCUGCACAAGAAAGCCAAGAUGAUCCGCAAACAGACUGGCGAUGACCGAUACAGGGCACAGGACGAAGGCGCUGUUGAUCAGCCCGUAUGGAAGAAGGUUGUCACGACAAUGGGUCGCUCGUUCGGCAUGCUCUUCACCCAGCCUAUUGUCCAGGUCUUGGCUCUCUAUAUGGCGUUCUCCUACGGCAUUCUUUACCUGGCCCUAUCUACCUUCUUCGAGCUUUAUAAGACCGUCUAUGGUGAGAGCACUGGCAUCGCCGGUCUCAACUACCUGUCUCUUGGUCUGGGCUUCUUCAUCGGCGCCCCUCUUUGCGGCAAAUCUGGCGACAAGAUCUAUGCAAAGCUCAAGGCCAGAUCUCAUGACGGAAAAGGUAAACCAGAGUUCCGUAUGCCACUGGUGAUACCUUUCUCGCUCUUUGUCCCGGCGGGACUUCUGGUCUAUGGAUGGUCCGCUCAGGCACGGACUCACUGGAUCGUCCCUAACAUCGGAGCCUUCCUUUUCGGCAUCGGUACGAUCGCCGCCUUCCAAUGCGUUACCACCUAUCUAGUCGAUACCUACGCCCGACUUGCUGCCUCUGCAGUAGCCGCAGUCACCAUUCUCCGGUCUCUGGCUGGUUUCGGCUUUCCUCUCUUCGCACCUGCCAUGUACAAAGCUCUCCACUAUGGCUGGGGUAAUACUGUACUGGCCAUCGCUGCCAUUGGUAUCGGUACUCCAGUGCCAAUUCUGCUGUGGAUCUUCGGUGAGAAGCUGAGGAAGAGAAGCAGUCUCGCAUUCAAGGGUCCUCCUCCCGGAAUGAAGGGUCCUCCAGGAAUGGGCGGUCCUCCAGGGAAAGGCCCUGGUGGUCCUGGCGGUCCUGGUGCCAAAGGACCAGGUGGUCCAGGUGGCGCAGGUAUGGGUCCAGGAGGUGUUCCAACGGGUCCUCCACCGCCAUUCCCCGGACACAAAGGCCCGGGCGGUCCUCACUAA